AUGAAAUGCUCUUCCAGUACCACGUCAACAUCCUCGACCACGACCACAGAUUCAAAACCGGACAGCAAUGCUGGUAAAAACAUUAUACUUUGCUUUGAUGGAACAAGAGAAAACUUCGGUCCUCAACCUUUCACAAACAUUAUGAAACUCUACCGUUUGCUUGAUUGUAGUGACGACACGAAACAAGUAUGCUACUACCAACCAGGAGUCGGUAUUGGUGGAGAUUUUGAUCGUUGUAUGGAUGGAUUUGUUCAGAAAGUAGCAUGGUCCAAUUUCAAAAAUAUUUGGGAUUCAAUGGUAGCUUUCAGUUUAGAUACACAUAUUGUCUCUGCAUAUUUGUUUCUUAUGGAGCACUACCAAUACGGAGAUAGAGUUUAUAUGUUUGGGUUCUCUAGAGGUGCGUUUAUUGCCAGAGUAUUGGCAGGAAUGAUUGGUCGUGUUGGUUUAUUAAAUAAGAGCCUAGAUCAUUUGGUUAAGCUAGCAUGGAGAAUAUAUAGAUGUUGGGAGUUUGCAGAUCAACCAAGCCAGUCUAAUUAUACAACGACUUUAGUGGAUGAAUUCAAGAAUAUAUUUUGUCGUGAUUAUGAGGUGAGAAUAUAUUUCCAAGGUUUGUUCGAUUCGGUAAAUUCAGUGGGUAUAUUGAGAGAUCGAUUGUUUCCUUUUACUCAAAGAAGUAAUAUUGUGGAUCAUGUUAGACAUUGCAUUUCCAUUGACGAAAGAAGAGGUAAAUUCAAACAACAAUGUUUUGCACCCAAUCCUUAUUUGCCCAAGAUGUUUUCCUUGCAAUAUAAGACUUAUGUUUUAGAUCAUGAUGAUAAUUAUAAAUCUGGUCCAUUUAGCACAACGAACAGGAGUAACGAAUUACUGCAGGAAACUCUCAAUAGGAAGGGAAAUAAUGAACCUUACCAUACUAGUAACGAAACUACUCAAUUAAGUUAUAAAACAAUUGAAGGAAUAUUUAAAAUUUGUUCUGUUGGUCAAGGAGGGAAUAUUAGCGCUAGUAUCAAAGAUGCAUCCAUGACACCAGAUUUGAUUGAAAAAUGGUUCAUUGGCGAUCAUUCUGACGUUGGUGGUGGCUGGGCAUUAGAUAAGGAUGAAGUUAAUAAUAGACAGGAAAGAUUAUCUACAAUCCCUUUAAAAUGGAUUAUAGGUGAAUCUAUUAAACAUGGAGUUAAAUUCAAGAGGGGAUCAAUUCAUGAAUUUUCAAAGAGACAUUAUAUGAAUUCCUUGGAUUCCAUUAUGGGGAAGAUACAUGACCAUUUAAUAUUUAGUAAAGUCGCUGCAGUUAGCGAACAUGACACUGAUGAAACGGGCCAGUAUCUUCCUCGAGAAAUUAAAUACUCUAAAGGUGGAUUACCAAAUAGAAUGAUGACACUACUUUGGUGGUUACUAGAAUUUUUACCCAUUGGAUUACGUAUCGAAAAUAAAAAGGGUAAAUGGAGAAACGUUUAUGUGCCCAAUUUAGGUAGACAUCGAUGUAUCCCUGAAUAUGGAGAUUUACAUUGGUCAGUUUAUUGGAGAAUUAAAUUUGAUGAUAGGUAUAGACCUAAGAAUUUACCUGGUUACUCACGUGAAUUGAUUAAAGAAUUUCAAAAUAUUGAAUUAGGUGAGGAUUCCACAUCUGGUAAGGGCCAGAAGACAAUAAUGUCACAUUUUAAAUCAUAUCCAGGAGAUUUGAAAGGUUCGUUCGUAUCAAUUUCUUCAUUAUCCAGAUCCAAUAUAUUAUCUAAUGGAAUAAUUGAUAGUUAUUAUUACCAAUUAAGAGCACAAUUUCUUAAAUGGGAAGCCACCAAAUGGGAAGAAAUUCCCGAUGAUCUUACCGAUUGGUUAAAGAAUGAUAAGAAUUUGUAA